AUGGCAGAAGACAUGAAUAAUAAACGACAGGAAAUAUUAGAUGAAAUUAUAAAUAGAAAAAAAAUGGGCGAUAAAAAAUUUCAUUCAGAAACGUCGCUGCAACAUUUCGACGACGAUGCCAAUAAGAGCCAAAAUGAUGAAGGUUUUGUUAGAAAAGAUCCAGGGGUGCUAAAUACAUCAGUAGGCAACGUGUCUGAGGAGAUACCAGAACGGCGCCGGACCAUGUCCCAACCCGGACCGUUGUCCGGCAACCUGCCGACCGCAACCGCGGCCCGCAUGGCGAGACGACGCGGCAACCGCGGCGUGGCCUAUCUAGAUGACAGCCCUGAUAAGCAACUAUCGCCGAAGCUGGUCAUUUCGAACGAUGAUUCUGGCACUACUACACCCAUAGGCGACAAGAAUUACAGUCCACUACAAAAUGGCGGCUACAGGAAUGGUGAUAUCAAAUCACUUAAUAGCUAUCGCUUGUAUACGCCCGCAAGCGAGCACGGAGGGACUACUCCUCGCAAGCGGUCGGUGGUCACCAUGGACGCGCAGUCCAUCCGCUCCGUCGAGACGCACGCGCCGCCCCCCACGCAUCCAAAGGAGAACAAGAAGCAGACUAAAAAAUAUUUGUCCCUUAUAGCAAGCUGUAUGUACGCAAUACUGUUAGUAACAGUGGGAUUCAUGGUUUAUUUAGCAGACAGCUUCCUGGAUCUUGACCCAGCCGUGUACUAUUCCCUAAUACUGUGUUCCAUUGGAUUUAUCUAUCACAUUUAUUUAAUAAUUGACAUUAGACGCUAUACAAAAAUAGCAUUGAAAAACCAAAAAAUAAAAGCUUUAAAUGAAGAAAAGAUAGCUGAAUUCUACAGAAGUCAGGAGGAAGAUUACGACAUCAACUCGCCAGAGGACAGGCCGGAGCCGUACAGAGGCAUAGCGCUUCCACAGAUACUGCCACUGAGCCACGACUAUUGCUUCAGUCAGGGCAGGCACUCUGGUAGCUUCUACCUCAAGAUGGGUGCUGCCGGAUUUGCAAUGGGCCAUCUCGUCCAUUCAAUGCUGCUGAUAGCGGUUCAGAUCAACCAACUUAUCGAUGAUGACGUCAACAAUGAUGAUUGUGUGAAUAUUCUCCAAAUCGUCCUUGACAUUAUGAGUCCAAUGUACUGUUUCCUACAAUUAUUUUUUAUAUUCAAAUAUUCCAACGUCAUCAUUUUGCGGGCUCAGGGUGUUGCUCAUUUUGCAUUUAUGCACAUGAUUGGCAGCAGUCUCUGUUUUUGGAUCUCCGCCAUUGUGAGGGAAACUAUACUCGGAUUGACAAAUUAUGCUAACUCUAGAGAUGAUAAUUAUGGUACAAAUGAAACCGCAACAGUAACAACUAGAAACGAAUACUCUACAGGUCCAGAUAGAGAUUUUUCGAAGAACUUCAUAGAUAUAGAUAACCUGUACAAUGAGAACUGCACCAGCUCCCCAGCUCUUACGACCAUUUUUGAAAACUUUUCGCCCUACUUGUAUCCAUUCACCGUUGAAUUCAACAUUUUUAUUGUUGCUGUCUACUACAUAAUUUGGAGCAAUAUUGGAAACUGCCACAACGAAGAAGGCCUUAACUCAGAAAUCAACUCCAGUUUAGAUGAAAACUAUUUGGUUUGCAAGAUCCCAACGGCCAACGAGGAUAAUGAUUUCACGAGUAACAUCGUGAUCCACGCAGACUGCCACGCCUCCAACAGAGGACUGUUCGUCGGUCUGAUCCUGAUGGUCGGCGUCGCUGGCAUGCUCAUCCUGGGCUUCGUGUUCAGUAGCAUUGGAGGCGAUUUCUUUGAAGUGGGUUACAUGUUGAAUGACGCCACCAGACUAGCUAUCCACACAGCCUUGCUGUUCUCUGUGGUCUUCGCAUAUAACCAGCUUCGGAAACUGGAUAUCAACGAACACCCUGUAUCUUUGUUGGAUGACGUCCUGCUCUUCAUUUGUCUGCCUGCCUUCUUCAUGGAAACGUUGCUGUCUAUGGUCGCGACUAUUAACAUCUUAAAUAUUGUCAAAUCGGUUGAUUUUAUGGUCAUGGUAAUCCAAGUGCUGGUCCAGACGCCUCUCAUAAUGGACGGUCUUCGCCGCUGCAGCAACACAAAGAAGCUCAGACGAAAAAAGCCUGGUCGCGAAUUGCUCAUGUUCCUCAUCAUCGCCAACGUGGGCAUGUGGCUGUUUUACACCUUCUCCUUUAAGUCACCCGAGAGCCUCGACGAACGAUACACCUUCUAUGGCAAGGUUAUGUGGUCAAUACUUGGUCAUAUUACCCUACCUCUCAUCAUGUUCUAUAGAUUCCAUUCCAGUGUAUGUUUCGCUGAUAUCUGGAAUUCCGCUUACAAACCUGGCAGUGAACAUUAAAUAUUCCAUAUUAAACUGUGACUUGGAAUUCAAUGCUUCUCGGAAAUUGAUAUUUAACAGAAAUUUCUAUAUGAUUUACAAAAAAAUUAGACAUAUAGGUCCAAAGAUUGGACCGUUUAAAGCUUUAUAAUAAAACUCUUUGGCUUUGUAAAAUAAAAUAAGAAAUAUUUUAUAGAUUAUCAUGUUUAAUUAUAUUAUUUAUAUAACUGUAGUUCUUCAUAUCAUCUUUCUAAAAUUUCGUAGAUGGUAUAUGUAUGUAAAUAUGACUGAUUCCAAUGCUCGUUCAAGAGCUGUUCUAUAAGGACUAAAAAUAAUAUUGUACGUGUGAAACUAUAAAAAAUAGGUACAUGAUCAAAUUGCUUGUUUGUUGUAAUAUAGAAAUAGUAGUUAAAUUAUUUUAUAAAUUAAAAUUAUUUAUAUAUUUUAUAAUAUUAGUUAGAGAUAAUAAAGUAUAGUUUAUCCAUAAAAUCAUUUAUGCUCGAGUAUGAGUAUGGCCGCGUUAGAAUUUUGAAUUGGCGAAUUUCACGUUUGUCAUACAUAUACAGCUCGAAAUAAUAAUACUGAAAAAAUAUCCGCUAAACAAUUUUGAGCUUUAUGUGUACUGUUUCAAAGUUGAAAUUCACCAACACUUCAAACGCGACGUAAAAAAAUACACCAGUUCGGCCACUAAUAUUUGCUCGUAUUGAACGCAUGUAAAUACGUGAAUCCUCAGAUUUUUUUUCCAAUACGCUAUCUUGGGGAAUUUUAUUUUUAAAAGAUAUGAUGAUUAAGAUUUUGUUCGAUUAUAACGUGAAUGUAUUCGUAAUGAUAAGAUAUAAAUAGGUAUUAUAGAAUUGCGAUAAGGGAGAUAAUCCAACAUUGUAUUAAAAAAGAAAUCGUUAGUUAAAAUUAAUUAAAUAUUUUACAUACAAAAUGAGCAAAGUUAUUUUAUUA